UACAAUUUGUUGGAGCAUAUCCAGACGGUGCAUGUCGGGAGUCAAAGCAAGGGCGAAGUGGGGUUCGUCUGCUUGUGGGAAGGGUGCAAAGUGUUUAACCGGAAGUCGUCGUCUCGCUCAUGGCUGGAGCGUCACGUCCUCUACCAUUCUGGCAACAAGCCCUUCAAGUGUAUCUUCCCCGGCUGUGGACAGUCCUUCGGGGUUCAAGGGGCCCUUGAGAGGCACGUCAAUAGUCACAUGGCCUCCAACUGUGGAGGCGCACUCUCACUCGCGGCCGCCAAUCGCAACAAAAUCGACGCCAACAGCCCGUUCAAGGGAGUCGGGAGGAGGAAGAAGCAGCGCUGCAGGAAGCAGAGACUCAAUCUUGGUCAACACGUCGACUACUUUGAUAAGCGUGUCAUGGAGCUGAUAAAACAUCGUCUCGCUUCAUCCAUCAGUUCUCACACGACGUCGGCGCAUCACUGCACUUUUAGGGGACAGGUCCUUGCUAAGCGGAGAGUGGCCGGGGAAGAGGCACAACUGUCGUUCAGUGGUUUCCAGCCUCAAUGCUACCGUUCCGAUUCCUACGAUCUCCUGGUUCAUCAUCCAAUGAUGCAGCUGCCGGGCGUCUAUGUGCCCUCAUACUACGUUCAGCACAUUUAG